AUGAUUAUGAGUUACCCAAGGACAUAUAAUAGGACUCAUGGUAAGGAUAUACAAGAUUUGGAUAAGAGAUUGAUGAAUCUAACAGGAUUGAAAGAUAAUCCUGGUAAGGAUUUACAAAGUUUAGAUAAAGGCAAGGACUUCACACUAUCUCUAGUGGCAUUCCUCUCAAUCAGAGUUCACUCCAAAGCUGUAGUGAUCGAUCAGCAAGCUGAAGAAUCACAAUCACAAGUCCAAGUUCCCGAACAGAGAAUUGGAUUCGAAGAUCAUCAUCAUCACGAAGAAAUAAUACACGAACACCAUGAUGAGCAUCACGAUCAUCAUCACCACGAAGAACACGAUCCAGGAUACUGGAAAAAGAAACUGACAUGGAAAGAAGGAUGGAAGAAGGUUUGGAAACCAGCGAAGAAACAGGUUUGGAAGUCUGCUUGGAAGAAGAUCUGGAAACCUGUUUGGAAGGAGAUACAAGUGCCUGCUUGGAAGGAAAUUCAAGUACCAGCUUGGAAAAAGAUCUGGAAACCAGUUUGGAAAGAGAUCAAGGUUCCAGUUUGGAAAGAAAUCCAAGUACCAGACUGGAAAAAGGUCUGGAAACCAGUUUGGAAACCGAUCCAAGUCCCUGCUUGGAAAGAAAUCCAAGUUCCGGCUUGGAAGAAGAUCUGGAAACCAGUUUGGAAAGAGAUCCAAGUGCCAGCAUGGAAAGAAAUCCAAGUACCAGCCUGGAAGAAGGUUUGGGUUCCUGAAUGGGUCAAGGUUGGAAUCCCCGGUGAGAAGUAUUUGGGUAAAGAUCAUGAAGGUUGGGAGUACACGUCUCAUGAUUUAUGGAAGAAGAAGUUGGUUUGGAAACCUGUUUGGCAGAAGUAUUGGAAACCAGCCAAGAAACAAAUUUGGGUACCUGAUAAGAAGUUGGAAUGGAAAGAAGAUUGGAAGCAAAUCUGGAAGCCUGCCAAAAAGCAAGUAUGGGUUGAUGACAAAAAAUUAGUUUGGAAAGAAGAUUGGAAACAAACCUGGCGAACGGAAAAGAAACAAGAAUGGGCUACUGAUAAAAAGUUGGAAUGGAAAGAAGACUGGAAACAAGUUUGGAAACCAGCCAAGAAACAAAUAUGGGUGCCUGACAAGAAACUUGAAUGGAAAGAAGCCUGGAAACAAAUUUGGGUUCCUGACUGGAAAGAAAUCUGGGUACCAGCAUGGAAGAAAAUCUGGAAACCAGUCUGGAUUAGUGAAUGGUUCCCUUCGCCUGACCACCACGAUCACCAUCACCACGAAGAACAUCACCACGGUUGGGACAGGAGUGCGAAUGCUGAAGAAAGCCAAGAAGGUCAUCUGCAAAGUGAAGAAAGUCAACAGCAAGGCCAGAAGGUUGUCUGGAAGCGUUCUGGUGAACAAAGUGCUAAGAGUGAGGAGAAGUUGAAGCCUCUGGUGUUGGCAGAAAGUUAUGCCAAUGUUAAGACGCAAGGAGCUACCAGCCAAGCUUGGCAGUUUCCAAAAUAA